GAACGAGUGGUUCCCGGAUGUUAGCUGGCUCACUCGCUUCUGAGAGGGAAAAAGCCAACGGCAGAAAGUGGAGGAGCCGACACGAAGGGUCUAGGCUGACCAACGCUGCUGGCCAAGCUGAAGUGGGCUCAACCCGGCACAAACGCGCAAGGACGCGCCAGCACCAGGGGAGGGGGGAGCAGAGGAAGGACUUUUCCCCCCGGGGGACGAACAGGUCGGAAGGGCCGGGGGGAGGGAGAGACAGUCGCAGUUCCAGUGUGAACCUGGACCGGUUCAACAUACCACGACCGCGUGUGGAGUGAAGGCACGUCAACAGCGCUGUGAGCCGAGGGAGCCCCCCCUCCCCCCUCCUCCACGCCCCCCGCUCCCUCUGCCUCCCCACUCACCAUGACGUCGGAGUUGGAGAGCAGCCUGACCUCCAUGGACUGGCUGCCACAGCUGACCAUGCGGGCCGCCAUCCAGAAGGCGGACACCCAGGGCACCCACGGCCCUGGUGGGCCCAAGAAAGGAGCCCUGCUGGACCCCAGCACCACGCUGGACCAGGAGGAGGUGCAGCAGCACAAGGACGGCAAGCCGCCCUACAGCUAUGCCAGCCUCAUCACCUUCGCCAUCAACAGCUCGCCAAAGAAGAAGAUGACCCUCAGCGAGAUCUACCAGUGGAUCUGCGACAACUUCCCCUACUACAGGGAGGCGGGCAGCGGGUGGAAGAACUCAAUCCGGCACAAUUUGUCCCUAAACAAGUGUUUUCUCAAAGUGCCUCGCUCCAAAGAUGACCCGGGAAAGGGAUCCUACUGGGCGAUUGACACCAACCCCAAGGAGGACGCACUGCCCACUCGGCCAAAGAAGAGGCCACGAUCUGGAGAACGGGCCUCCACGCCAUACAGCCUGGACUCGGAUUCCCUGGGAAUGGACUGCAUCAUUUCUGGAAGUGCCUCGAUCAACACUGUGACUAACAAGGUAGCAUUGUACAACACGGAGCAGGAUGGCAGCGACAGCCCAAGAAGCAGCCUUAACAACAGCCUGUCGGACCAGAGCCUGGCGUCGGUGAACCUGAACAGCGUGGGAAGCGUGCACGGCUAUUCGUCGGUCGGCAGUCACCAAGAGCCCGUGUCCCAGCCCAUGAGCCUACAGCAGCCGCCCCCCCAGCCCCAGUACAGCAUGCCAGAGAGGGACAAGCAGCUCCUCUUCUCUGACUUUGAAGAUCUCAGUGCCUCCUUCCGCAGCCUUUACAAGUCUGUCUUCGAGCAGUCCUUCAGCCAACAGGAUGAGUGUCUGAUGGGCAUGCCCUCGGAGCCCCCCCAGCCAACCCACACGUCCUGCUCCUACCAGCAUCCCCCCAGCAGCAGCAUCAGCAGUCACCCGCACAGCGGGCAGAACAGUCUGACCAACAGCAUCGCAGGCGGAGGCCAGGUGCCCCUGUCCCACCCCCCCCAGCUGCCAGCUCAGAACGCCCACUCCACCCACGGCUCGCCUCAUGGACAGCACCCUUCCCAGCAUGCACCACACUCUCAGCACCUUUCCCAGCACUCCCAGCACCCAUCUCAGCAUGCACAGCACUCCCAGCACCCAUCCCAGCAUGCACAGCACUCCCAGCACCCAUCCCAGCAUGCACAGCACUCCCAGCACCCAUCCCAGCAUGCACAGCACUCCCAGCACCCAUCCCAGCAUGCACAGCACUCCCAGCAUUCCCAGCACCCUUCCCAGCAUGUACCUCACUCCCAGCACUCUCAGCACUCAUCCCAGCAUGCACAGCACUCUCAGCACCCUUCCCAGCUUGCACAGCAACAGGGUCAACAUCCAUCCCAGCAGCAACAACAGCAGCAGCACCAGAGUCUCUCGCACCAGCCCCUUCCAACCCAGCAGCUGUCCUGCAGCACCGGCCUUCCUGCCGACUGGUACCCCAACCUUGAUGCCCUGAAGGAAAGCUGUCGUAUCGCCAGCAGCUACAACUGGGCAGACGUGGACCUCUCACCAUUUCAAGGACUGAAGGAGAGCAUGAGGCAGGCGGAGCUCAACAACUGGUCCCUGGAGCCUACGCAGAUAGCGGAUCUCUGCUCCUCCAUCAACCAGUUCUUUGCACGCACUGGAGUCAUCCAGCCACAAGGGGCAGUGCAGCCCCCAGUCUGCCACGGAUCCAUGCACCCGAACAAGCCGGGUCAGCACAUCAACACAGGAAACCUGUACAUGGAGUCUCGGCAGAACCUGCCAGCCCUGAUGGGCCCCCCAGGGUAUCCCCACAUGGCCCCUAUGAGCAGUGCUGGUCCCACCAUGACAGGGCACCACACGCAGAUGAACCAGCAGCACCUCAUUCCUCCCGGAAACUUCCAGAUGCGACGCAUGCCCGCCGACGACAUCCAGGACGACUUUGACUGGGACUCCAUCGUUUAGGGGCCCAACCUGCUUCCCCCCCCCCCCACCCCCACCUCUACUGGCCCCAUACCUGGCAGCGAGCUGCUUGCCGUGUGUGGGGGGGCAGGGGGGCAGGGGCGGCCCCUCCCUCCACCUUGGGAUGGGACGCUUGGCAUGCAGGUUCUUCCCAGAGGAAGACUUGACAGUCCUGACCUGUAUACGAGACAAAAGUUACUCUGAAGACAAUCAUAUUUACCAGGACAUGUUUAUGCCACCGCUUUUGUACAUGUUGUCCAGCAAGUAGUCAGUGUUGUCAAAAUGCCCCCUUCCUCCACCCCCCCCCGGCUCCGCAGUCGCUGUGUGGUGUCACCGUCUUGUUCAGUGUGUUCUCAUUCCUGUGUUGACUGACAAAACGGCCAUCCACCAGAGGGCUGGAUGGGGGCAGAUGUCCUGCUCAGUUAUGUGCAGAGAGCUCAUGGGUGGAGGGGGUGUGGCGUACCGCCUGUGGUCACCUGACCCGGAAGGUGAGGGGCGUGCAAGUUAUCACUUGGUAGAUGACAUUCACGCUAAAGUGCGUGCGUGUGUGUGUGUGUGUGUGUGUGUGUGUGCGUAAGUGGCGCCUGCAUUCAUUAUGCCGUCCAUCCAUCUUUCACAUUUCAUUGCUAAUGUUUUAACUUUGCAGUAACAGUACAUUGGGGGUGGCUUCCACUGAAAUUGGAUCCCCCCCAACAUUGUGCACGCCUCAACUUCUGCAUAUACAAUCACUGAUUCAGCAACCCCCCUGCCCCCCGCAGCAGAAGUUUGGUGUCGAUUUACUCGGUUUACUUGGCACAGCUUUAAGCUGCCUGUCAGUCCCGCCUGUGUGUGUCCUACUGGCUCAAGUGUUCCGACAGAGUGCCCCCUAGUGUUGGUUUGUAUGAGCACAGGAGGGAAAUCAGAGUUAUUUGUGAAGCAUAUCACUAGGGGUAGAUCAGCACAUGAUAUCACACGCCCUUUGGAAAUGGAGUGGAAUUGGAAACUGCCAUUGUAUGUCCCAUGUCAGCUGUGUUUAUGUCAGUUUUGGAAAUGAAGAAUUUCCAAGGUUUGCCCUGUUCUGAUGGUUCCAGAUGAUGGAAUCAACCUAUUACGCCAUUUAACAAUUUUGGAGAGGAUUUCUCCGAAUGUUUGAAGUGAGGGGUGUGUAUAAUUGAGGGUCUUCAUACCUGAAUCACUGUGGGCUCGGGCCGCCUCCCUACACCUUACCGUCUGCACAUGUGUUUACUGGGCCAGGCGCACUGUGACGUGAGCACAAGCCUGGCCUGUAGGGGCCUGAGGUAGCGAGCCCACAUCCUACCGGCUUACUGGGUUUGCGCUCAAGUCCUGACAAGUUCUCAGCCCUGCGUGAGACAUGGUGGGUGGGUCCCUGCUGCUUCCCCAGGGUUGUUGUUCCGUCUCGCUUUGUCUUUUGCUGUCUUUUGGGUAUUCAAUCAGCUAGUCUCCCACGACUGUUACGCCAUGUGUAUUUCUGUAGGGGUUGGACUGGAUUUCUUGUGUGCUAUAUGAAUUGGUGGGGGUGUGUCAAGCUAUAGGGGUGACAGCUAAGGGGCACAUCCUGCCCGAGUCCCACCCAGACGGUUUACUUGCGGCUUGACUCUGUCGUCAUCACUGCUAGUCCAUGCCGAACGCGCAUCCUGUUGCCCUCAGCUGUGCCGAUGUGGAGCUGACCUUGUGAAAACUGGUAUUCCCAUAUCUGUCAUCUCCGUGUAGGGCGUGCAGUCUGAAAAACUAUAAUUGGAUUUAUUCAGGGUAUGUAUAAUCAAGUAUUUUCCUCUCUUUUUUAACGUUUUAAAAUGUACAGUGGAUUACAACUGUACCUUAACCGUGCAACUAACUCACCUACUGCUUGUCUUUGUCGACAUUCAGGCUCUAACUAGGUUUGACUUUAACGUUGUAUAAAUGUUUGGUUGAAACGGAUGCCGAUGUGUUGUCAAAGAACCAUUCACAUAGACUUUGAAGCUGAAGAGAUUAAGCUGUUGUGCGAGGAACCGCAGCCAGCUGACGAGCAGCAGUUGGCGUCAGCCGGCCUCCGGCCCAACGUCAGGCUUCGAUUCCUAAGCCAUCUUGUGUUUUAGUGUUAGAAACCUUGCCAUUGAAAAUAAGCACAUUGUGUUAGUCCUGUGUGUGUUAAAUUUUGUCUGUGUGUGAGAGAGCGAGAGAUCCUGUGCCUUCCUCCCUGUUUACACCCCGCCGUUCAUCCAAGGUGCUGCUGAACAUCCUCUCCUGGGGAGAACUUGUCACGCUCCACUGCCGGUCAGGGUGGGUUCCAGUCCUGGGAUGCUCUGCUUUUCGGUGGGAAACCACAUUGGCCCCGUUCUGAAGUGAGGGUUUCUAUGGUGAAGCAGACGGAGCCGUUUAAGCAGCCUGUGACGUGCCGUCCCACCUGCAUGCUGACCAGCUGGCCAGGCCGGGCCGGGGGGAAAUGACUCCAUCCCGUAAGGCACAGCACUGUCCCCCCACUACACAGCCUGGCUGCUGAUUUUUAAGGCUUUUAAAUUGAAUGUGUUUAUGCGGUGGGAUUUUUAGGCCUUGGGUUUGGUCGGUGGCAGGCUGCGAGGUCACGCGGCCCAGGUCUUCCGCACGCUGCCGAACGGUGCAGUCCUGCCGGCCACACCAAGGGCCGAUUUAUCACACGUCCACCACAAAUCCAAUCUCCAGAGCUUAGCACUGCGUAGCAUUGGCGCACAUCUCUCACUGGAAACCUUCACUGCCCUUUCAGCUAUGAGCAGCCAGUUGAUGGUCAUUUUAAACUGGUAACCUGUCGCCAACAGGAAACACAAAUAUCUGUGGCUGAAGGGGCCACAGGUUAGCACCUGGAUUUGUACACAGAAUUUAAACGGAACAGGAGGAGGGAAUCUGGGCGCCGAUUUUGGGGAGGAAACGGGGGUGGGGGCAUAGAGGAGGUACAAGAGGAAAAAAAAAAAGUCUGGAUAAGACAAAUCAGCCUAUUUAAAUAUAUUUUUUUUUAAGCAGUGUUCCUUCUAUCCUUGUGUGUGCGUGUGUGUUUUGUGCGUUUUAAAAGUUCAGCUUCACUAUGCCAGUGGAGACGCAACAGAGAUUUUAAAUCUGAAAAGUGAAAAAAGAAAAAAAAAAACAUUAAGGGAGAAAACUGCCAAGUGCGG